UGGGACACCUAUUGCAGUGACGGAUUGAUCGAUAUUUAAAGUGUUCUGUCAAACCUAUUCAUCUAUACGACCUAAGAGUGCCUGUGACGCUACAAUCAAACCAUCAACUCCUCCUCCCUCUUCUACCAACCUGGGACACCUAUUGCAGUGACGGAUUGAUUAAUAUUUGAAGUGAUCUGUCAACCCUAUUCACUUUUACGAUCUAGAAGUGCUCGUAACCACCUGAAAACCUCUUGGAUUGAUCAAUGUUUUAAGGGAUCUUUUUACCCCAGUCAUCUUAACGACAUCCCCACCUGUGUGCAAGUCCCUCAGUGAAUUGGUGACUUUCUUGUGACCUGAAAAUUUAUAAAGCCACUCGUAAUAGUCACUAAUUAUCAUUCUUUACCACUAUCAUCUAGUCUUUAACACGUCUUGGACUUAAGCUACGGUUAAUGUAUAAGUGUUCUCGACUGGAAAUUCGUCUUGAAAUGAGCGGCGGAAAAACUCAGUAAGACAAGUGAAAGCGAUCAAGUGGAAAGUGAAAAGGAAUCCAAGACUACACAAGAAAACGAGACUGAAGUGCCAAACAGAAGAUCUUUUAAGAGAGUGCCACAAAGUCCAAGAAUCGUAAGGAUAAGGGGGUGCCAAGAGUGUGCCAAGAGAGUGCCAAUUCGUGCCAAACCAGUCCCAAGGGAAAUUGAUCUAGAUAAGCAAGCAGUGGAGCGUGCCAUCAGGAAAGCUUACCACCCCAGUCAACCUAACCAGGAGUGCCACCAAACCCCAGAGUCCUAAGAGCCAAUAAUACCAGACAGAUGCCAUAACCGUGAGACACAGUGACAUCAACAAAUAAAAAAAAGAAUCAAUUACUCCACGUGGAAGAAGAAGAAAAGGAAGAACAGAAGAAUAAUCACGGGAAGUAAAGAGAGGGAGAGAAAGAGAGAGAGAGAGAGAGAGAGAGGAAGAGAAAAAAAGGCACGGAAAGCUGGAGGUAGAGCGUGAGGGCCUUGAGAAAAUUGUAAGCGUAAGAAGUUGAAGAAAGAAAUCGCCAAAAUGAAGAUGAAAUUCGCAGCCGGAGCUCUGAAGAAGGGGUCUGAGAGCGGCAGCGACAACUCUGUGGUGGUGGAGACCGACGACGAGCAGCUGGUGUACUCGUGGCACCGCGUCAACGUGUACACCACGCUGACCUCCGUGCGGGGCUCCGGCGUGUUCAAGAGGAAGACGAAGGAGUCCAGAGAGAAGCACAUCCUCAAAGACGUGACGGGCGUAUGCCGGCCUGGCGAGCUGCUGGCCAUCAUGGGCGCCUCGGGGGCGGGCAAGACCACGCUGUUGAACGUGCUGACGCACCGCAACAACGACAAGCUGCGCGUCACCGGCGACCUCUUCGUGAACGGCCGCCGCGUCGACCCCGACACGCUGACCAGCCGCUCGGCCUACGUGCAGCAGGACGACCUCUUCAUCGGCCUCAUCACCGUGCGGGAGCAGCUCAUCUUCCAGGCCAUGGUCAGGAUGGACCGUCACCUCACCUACAGCCAGCGCAUGACCAGGGUGGACGAGGUCAUUAGCGAGCUGGGCCUCACUAAAUGCGCGGACACCAAGAUCGGAGUGCCGGGCAGAAUCAAGGGCAUAUCAGGCGGCGAGAUGAAGAGGCUGGCGUUUGCUUGUGAGGUCCUCACCAACCCACCCCUGAUGUUGUGCGACGAGCCCACCUCCGGCCUGGACUCGUUCAUGGCCCAGAACGUGGUGGCCGUGAUGAAGAACAUGGCGGAGCGGGGCAAGACCAUCAUCUCCACCAUCCACCAGCCCAGCUCCGAGGUCUACGCCAUGUUCGACCGCGUGCUGCUGAUGGCCGAGGGGCGGGUAGCGUUCCUAGGGGAGGUUGACGCGGCCUACGAGUUCUUUAGCAGAAUCAACAUGCCGUGCCCACCCAACUACAACCCCGCCGACUUCUUCAUCUCCACGCUCGCCGUUCAGCCUGGCAAGGAGGACGGCUGCAGGAAGGCGAUUAACAUGAUCUGCGACGAGUUUGCCAAGUCCGAGGAGGGACUGAGCAUUGAAAAGGCCGUCAAGGAGAAUUCGGCGGAGGGGGAGCAGCAGCCGGGGUACGACAGCCAGGUGGACGUGGACGUGAAGAAGUCGCCGUACAAGGCCUCGUGGUGGACGCAGUUUCGCAACGUGCUGUGGCGGUCAUGGCUGGAGGUGAUCCGUGAACCCAUGCUCAUCAAGGUCCGGUUCUUCCAAGUCAUGGCUAUUGCGCUCCUCAUCGGCGUCAUCUACUUCGGUCAGAGUCUAACCCAGGAAGGCGUGACCAACAUCAACGGCGCCCUCUUCCUCCUUCUCACCAACAUGACCUUCCAGAACGUCUUCGGUGUCAUCAAUACGUUCUGCGCCCAGCUUCCGCUCUUCCUUCGCGAGCACUUCAACGGCAUGUACCGCACAGACGUCUACUUUAUCUCCAAGAUGAUGUCUGAGCUGCCCUUCCAUGUGAUCUACCCCUUCGCCUUCGUCUCCAUCGCCUACUACAUGGUCGGCUUCACUAACAACGUGGUCGACUUCUUCGUCUGCGCCCUCAUCGUCAUCCUGGUGGCCAACUGCGCGGUGUCCUUCGGCUACAUGAUCUCCUGCAUGUCCCGGAACCUGAGCAUCGCCUUGGCCAUCGCCUCGCCGCUCAUCAUUCCACUCAUGCUCUUCGGUGGCUUCUUCCUCAACAGCGGGUCCACGCCCGUCUACCUCACGUGGCUCAAGUACCUCUCCUGGUUCAGCUACGGCAACGAGGCUCUGCUCAUUAACCAGUGGUCGGACGUGAAGAGCAUCGCGUGCAGGUCCAACGAGACUUGCUACCCCGACGGCCACGCGGUGCUCUCCUUCCUUCACUACGAGGGCGGCACAGUGACUGCCAACGUGGUGAACCUGGUGAUCCUCAUGGUGGGUUACCGACUCCUCGCCUUCUUCGCCCUCCUGGGAAAGACCUAUAGGAAGCAGUAACGGGGGUAGUCGCAGUAGUAGUGGUGGUGGUCGUGGUGGUGGUAGUGGUGGUGUAGAGAUUGGAUUUGGUGGUGAUUUUGGAGGUGAUAUUGGUAGCGGUGUUAGUGGGGGUGUAAUGAUUAGUACUGGUGAUAGAGAUGGUGGUGAUGGUGUUGGUGUUAUCUGCGGUGGUGUUAGUGGUGAUGAUGGAGGUGCUGGAGAUGGUGGUGAUAACUGGUGAUGAGAAAAGGGAUGUAGUGGGCGUUGUUGGUGGUGAUAGUAGUAAAAAUGAUGAUGAUAUUGGUCGUGGAGUUGAUAAUGGUGGUGGUGGUGGUGUUAGUGGUGUUGAUGAUGGUGGUGGUGUUAGUGGUGUUGAUGGUGGUAGUGGUGUUGGUGAUGGUGGUGGUGUUAGUGGUGUUGAUGAUGGUGGUGGUGUUAGUGGUGUUGAUGAUGGUGGUGGUAUUAGUGGUGUUGAUGGUGGUGGUGGUAUUAGUGGUGUUGAUGAUGGUGGUGGUGUUAGUGGUGGUGAUGGUGGUGGUGGUGUUUGUGGUGUUGAUGAUGGUGGUGGUGUUAGUGGUGUUGAUGAUGAUGGUGGUAUUAGUGGUGUUGAUGGUGGUGGUGGUGUUAGUGGUGUUGAUGAUGGUAUUGGUCGUGGCGUUGAUAAUGGUGAUGGUGGUGGUGUUAGUGGUGUUGAUGGUGGUGGUGGUGUUAGUGGUGUUGAUGGUGGUGGUGGUGGUGUCUGUCCGUCUACCUGUCAAACAAGAGACUGUCGCACCUGGUCCUAGAAUAAGAUAAUUAGAUUUUUUUUGUAGAUCCACUUUUAUACAAUGUCGUUCUCCCUCUGUCUAUCUGUCUUUACUAUUCCAUUCUAUUCUUACUCUUAUUAUCAUUAUUUCUAUCCUUACUUACUUUAUAUACAUUAUUUACUUUUAUUUUUUUCUAUAUAAUUGUUUC